AUGUGUCCCAAAUCAGCUGGGGCAAUUGUUAAAAAAAAUUGUUUUGAGGCAAAGUCUCAUCUGGGAAAAGGCUUCAGAAUAUGUAUUGACAUCAAUAAUUCAGAUAGCACUUUCACAGAUUCUGCUCUCUGGGAUGAGGACACAAUCAUUCGUGAGUGGGUCUUCAAACCAAAUAAUAAUAUUGACAAAAAGAAUAAAAAUGAAAUUAGCAUUGAUGAUAAACACCUCAGUAACAACGACUCAAAUUAUUACACUGUUGAGGAAUUUUCUAAAAAUAUCUUAGAAUUACAAAAGCAUAUCGGCUGUGAUUUUAUCUCAAUAUUACAUUUAAAUGCUCGUAGUCUGUUUCACAAAUUAUUGAAUCCAGAGAUCUUGUUGAAACAAUUUGAUUUUAUCUUCAAAAUUAUUGUAAUAUCUGAGAGUUGGUUAAACGAUGAAACGGCUGAUUUAAUUAAAUUAAAUAAUUACAAUUUCGUAUACAAAAAUAGAAGAAAUAGACGUGGUGGCGGUGUUGGAAUGUUUAUAAAAGAUGAUGUAAAAUAUGUUGUAAAUGAAAGCAACAUAUUCGAUGAUGACAACGCUGACACACUUUGCGUGGAAUUUGAAUUGCAUCAAGCCUCACUACAUAACAUGAUCAAGAUAAUUGCCAUCUAUCGACCACCUAGUUAUAAAUAUGAGUCUUUUUUAGAAAAAAUUGAAUCGAUACUAAAUAGUCUAAAUCCACUUGAUAAAAUUUUCAUUGUCGGAGAUUUUAACAUUAAUCUAAUGGAUAAAACCUCCAAAGAUUUUCAAAGUUUACUUUUGUCGCAUUACUUCUUACUUUUGAUUGAUUUACCAACUAGAAUAACUAAUAACUCAAUUUCACUAAUAGGUAAUAUAUUUUUUAACUUAAAUCAACAAUGUUUUAAUGGAAUAAUAAUAUCAGACUUUUCAGAUCCUUAUCCAAUUUAUACAGUUGUAGAAAAUACAGGAUUUGUCACUACCGAUGCUCUGACUUUGAAAAGGAACAUAAAUAAGAGAAACAUUUCCCUAAUCAAGGAAGCUCUAUCUUCUGAAAAAUGGGAUUCAAUAACGGAUGAGAGUAACAUUGACACCUGUUGCAUGAAUUGUUAUAAUCAAUUAAAUAGAAUUCUUGAUAUUUACGCCCCAUUGCAACCGCUGAAACGGAAAAAUAAAAAGCCAUGGGUAAGUGAUGAAAUAAUUAAAUUAUCAAAGAAACAGAAUAAACUCUAUAAAAAAACAAUUUCAACACCUACUACAGAGAAUAUAAAUAAAUAUAAGCGAUUCAGAAAUUAUUUUACAUCAUUUAAAGAAAGGAAGAAAAAAAUUACUUUAGUCAAAGAUUUAAUGAUGCAAAAAGCUGUUCAAAGAAAAAGUGGGAGAUAA